AUGGAUCCCCAGAGAGAGACACCGAAGAAAAACAACGUGGAACAUCUAAUUGCCAGCAGGCAGGGAGGAAUUGGUAUCUGUGGCUGGAUCCUGGUUUCCCUUUCAUUCCUUCUGGUGCUUAUUACCUUUCCUAUUUCCAUCUGGGCAUGUGUCAAGGUCAUCAGAGAAUACGAACGUGCUGUUGUCUUUCGGCUGGGACGUAUACUGUCUAAGAAAGCAAAGGGACCAGGUUUGAUCUUCAUAAUUCCAUGUACAGAUACGUUUAUCAAGGUUGACCUUAGAACAGUUACAUGUAGCAUUCCUCCACAAGAGAUUCUCACAAAAGAUGCUGUUACUACCCAAGUUGAUGGGGUGGUGUAUUACAGGAUACACAGUGCUGUCAGCGCUGUUGCUAACAUCACUGAUGUCCACUCAGCUACCUCCCUCUUGGCACAGACAACCCUGAGAAAUGUUCUAGGUACACAGAGCUUGGCUCAGCUCCUGGCAGGUCGUGAGGAGAUUGCACAUGGUAUCCAGGCUAUCCUUGACAGUGCCACGGAACACUGGGGAAUCAAAGUGGCUCGAGUGGAGAUCAAAGACGUCAGAAUUCCUGUGGCCAUGCAGAGGGCAAUGGCAGCUGAAGCAGAGGCUGCUCGAGAGGCAAGAGCAAAGGUUGUGGCAGCAGAAGGAGAAAUGAACGCUUCUAAAGCCCUCAAGCAGGCCUCCAUGGUGCUGGCUGAGUCUCCAGCAGGUCUUCAGCUCCGUUACUUGCAGACACUAACAACCUUGGCAGCAGAGAAUAAUUCCACCAUUGUCUUUCCUCUCCCUAUAAAUAUGCUUGAGAGUUUGUGGCAGAAAAAUAGAGGGGGAUAG